AUGUCUUGCACAAUCCCAAUCCGAACCAACGCCAACGCCAACGCCAACGCCAACGCCAACGCCAACGGCAACGGCAAUGGCAACGCCACCUCUUCCUCCUCAGGCACAGGAGUUGGUACACCGCGAAUCUCAUACUCUCGAGACCAACUACUCUCUUUAGCUUCUUCUCCACUCUCGCGCUCUGCACCAACCUUCCUUACACUGCCAGCGGAAAUAUCAAAAGUUGGACGCAAGCCAACCUCGACCAAGUUGAACGGGGAUGAUUCUCCAGAACCGGAUUCAUCCGAAGAUGGCGACCAGCCUGCAUUCCGACUUGAACUCUAA